CUUUUCCCCUGAACCAAACACUAUUACAAAGGGAAUAUUGGUUCGUUAAUUUACUUAUACAGUUGGAUUUUUAUGAGGCUAGGAGAAUUACGCAAUGGAAGGCCAAUGCUCAUCAGAAGCGGAACUCCGAGCGCACAUCGAAAAUACUGAGAAUACCCUGAAGCGAAUCGCAUCUUAUAAAGGGGUCGUUGGUUAUUUUUUCAUUCAUCCCGAUAGCGGACGAAUUCUUAAAAGCGAUGGUUUUGGUAACGAUGAGGGCACUGUUAGGCGGUAUAGCACCAAGUUGAGAGGGUUUAUUGAUCUCGCAACUUCUACUGUCAGAACGCUUGACUCUAGCGACGCCAUGACGUUUCUACGGAUCAGUUGUGGUGAUCUUGAUAUUCUGGCGGCCCCCGGCCCUGAAAAGAAGUACACACUUAUUGUUGUACAGCAGGUAGUGACCUAGCUCUCGAUGUUUCUCGACAACUGUGCGCUUAUCGAUGUAACAUA